AUGACGCUGGAAGCUACUAUGAUCAUUGUCGACAACAGCGAAAGCAGUCGCAAUGGAGACUACACAUCGACUCGGUGGCAAUCUCAAGUCGAUGCUGUUAGCAUCAUCCACAGUGCAAAGAUGCGUGUAAACCCUCAGUCAGCUGUCGGUCUUAUGAGCAUGGGCGGCAAGGGUCCCGAGGUGCUGUCGACUUUCACACCUGAGUUUGGUGCAAUCUUGGCCGGACUACACGCAACAAAAAUCCACGGCACAUCUCAUCUUAGCUCGAGCAUCCAGGUUGCAGCCUUGGCCUUGAAGCACCGUAUGGAGAAGUCGCAGCGUCAACGCAUCAUCGUAUUCUCCUGCUCGCCCAUCGAAGAAGACGAAAAGACCCUCGUGAAGCUGGCCAAGAAGAUGAAGAAGACCAAUGUCUCGAUUGAUGUGGUAGCUUUCGGAGACUUGGAAUCCGACCAGACCAAGAAGCUUGAGGCUUUCGUUGAAAAUGUCAAGAGUGGAGAUGGUUCCCACCUCGCCAUCAUUCCACCGGGCCCCCAUCUUCUCAGUGACCAGCUGCAGAUGACCCCCAUUCUGGCUGGCGAAGAUGCCGAAGUCGGUGGUGGAGGUGGCGAGGGCGAGGCUGGUGGAUUCGGAUUCGAAGAUGCUGCCGAGAACGACCCCGAGUUGGCAUUCGCCCUACGUUUAUCGAUGGAGGACGAGAAGAAUCGACAGGAGAAAGAAAAGCGUGACCAGGAAGAAGCAGAGCGCAAGACGCAACUCGGCGAUAUUCCCGAGGAGAACCAUGGCGAGUCCAGCAGCAAGGAUAAGAAGGACGAGGACAAGAUGGACACCGCGUAA